GUGUGUGCCCGUGCCUGCCUUCCGGUGACGUUACGCUGUAGUACCAGCAGAGGGCGGAAGCGGAAGUGCCGAGCAGGUAGGAAACGGUGAGUCAGAGGCUGAUUGGAGGUUUGUGUAUCUGUCACAUCGUGUGUUCCAGCCAUGUAGUUGUGGUUGUGGACACAUAUGUGUGUGUGUGUUAUUUACUUAUAAUUCAUUAGAAAUGCUUUUUAUUUAACCCUAAAAUGUCUUUCUAUCUUUAUAUAAUGAUGCUUUAUUUACAUGUGCAGUGUGUACACACAGGGAGCAAAAUAAUCAGUAUUUUACAUUGGGAUUCAAGUAACAUUACCAAUACUCUAAUAACAUUACUAAUACUCUAAUAACAUUACUAUUACUCUAAUAACAUUACCAAUACUCUAAUAACAUUACUAUUACUCUAAUAACAUUACCAAUACUCUAAUAACAUUACUAAUACUCUAAUAACAUUACUAAUACUCUAAUAACAUUACUAUUACUCUAAUAACAUUACUAAUACUCUAAUAACAUUACUAUUACUCUAAUAACAUUACCAAUACUCUAAUAACAUUACUAAUACUCCAUUUACAUUACUAAUACUCUAAUAACAUUACUAAUACUCUAAUAACAUUACUAAUACUCUAAUGACAUUACUAAUACUCUAAUAACAUUACUAUUACUCUAAUAACAUUACUAAUACUCUAAUAACAUUACUAAUACUCUAAUAACAUUACUAUUACUCUAAUAACAUUACUAAUACUCUAAUAACAUUACUAAUACUCCAAUGACAUUACUAAUACUCCAAUGACAUUACUAUUACUCUAAUGACAUUACUAUUACUCUAAUGACAUUACUAUUACUCUAAUGACAUUACUAUUACUCUAAUGACAUUACUAAUACUCCAAUGACAUUACUAUUACUCUAAUAACAUUACUAAUACUCUAAUGACAUUACUAUUACUUUAAUGACAUUACUAUUACUCUAAUAACAUUACUAAUACUCUAAUGACAUUACUAUUACUCUAAUGACAUUACUAAUACUCUAAUGACAUUACUAAUACUCUAAUGACAUUAACAAUACUCCAAUUACAUUAACAAUACUCUAGCGACAUUACUAAUACUCUAGCGACAUUACUAAUACUCUAGCGACAUUACUAAUACUCUAAUGACAUUACUAUUACUCCAAUGACAUUACUAAUACUCUAAUGACAUUACUAAUACUCUAAUGACAUUACUAAUACUCUAAUGACAUUACUAAUACUCUAAUGACAUUACUAAUACUCUAAUGUCAUUAAUAAUACUCUAAUGACCUUAACAAUACUCCAAUGACAUUAACAAUACUCCAAUGACAUUAACAAUACUCUAGUGACAUUAACAAUACUCUAGUGACAUUACUAAUACUCUAGUAGUGACAUUAAUAAUACUCUAGUAGUGACAUUAAUAAUACUCUAGUAGUGACAUUAAUAAUACUAAAGUAACAUGUAUUAAUACUGCUAUUCUGUCUGAAGCAGAGCUCACAGCUGCUGCCAGACAUGGUGUUUCUAGAGGAGUGGGGCUGCAGCUCCUAGUAAUGCAUGUUGUUAUUACAGCUGUCAUUGCUUACCUGUGGCUCUACAGCUGUUGUCAGGAUCUUUUCCCUUGAUGCUCACCUUAGCUGAACCUCAGGGAAAAUAUCAUCUACACCUGGUAUAAUGUCAAAAUUCAUUCACGAUUUACUAUUGCUAUGAUUUAAGAAAUGCAUUUUCUUUAAAUCUAUAAAUAUUUUUAACCUAAAAAGUAGACGGUUAUCAGCAAUACAAAUCACGUGCACUAUAUAGGACUGGCGUGUCACAUUUAGGAACAGUCUAAAAGCCCAGGGCAAAAAUUCAGGAUGAAGAUUCCUCUUGCUCAUGUAAUUCUGUUUGCCUCCUGCAUUAAAUGCCAAAUCAUUAUUUGCCUCAAUACUCAUGAGAGUAUUAUUCUUCCACAGAGCACCUGACAUUUAUACACAUCAAAUCCAGCACCAAAUAACAUCCACAUUGCAUAAGUACCCAUCAGUUUCCUACAUGGCACAUACUGCACGUACACAACACCUUUAUCUUGCAUCCAUAUCAUGUUUAGCAAUUUACACUGACACAAACACACAAAAGACCCCCCAUCAUUUCUGAGAAUUCCAAACCCAUUGAGUAGCAUAUAGAGACCCACCUGGUUAGCCCAUCUGACUUUGGAAGUAGCACAGUGAGGGAGCUAGCUAAUUAUUAAACCACAGAUUAGCUGUCCCUGGUGUAUAAGUGUGCUUAAGCAACCUGGAACAAUGCUUGGUUGUUCCACAUUUUAUAGUGGUACUUUAAUGCAGGACAGUAUUCAGAGAACCGUUCUUAAUUUGUUUCCUACAAGGUGAUCUGAUGGCUGUUGUUGUUUUUUUUUUUAAAUAUAUGCUAAAGGUACAUAUCUAUAAGAUUAUAUUUAAUUUAAUCUUCCAAAAAGAGGGGAUUUGAAAAGGUAAAAAUUAUGUGCCAAUUUUCAUACAAGUAAUCUUACAAAUGCUACUGUUUUAUAGCUGUGUUUUUGGAAUCUUCAGUCGUUUGUCAACCAAUCCCUUGUCACAGCCCCUUAUGUAAUUGUCAUAACACAAAGCUCAGUGUGAUACCAUCCAUGUGUUAAAGUCUGUAUACCAUACACAAUUAGAAUGUGCUUUUUUUUUUUUUUUUUUUUAAAUCUUUAUUUUUCUGUGUACAGUUGUACAUGAGAGUUACAUGCAGCAUUUCAUGAGAUCAUAAGAUUGCAAAUAUUCGGCAGUAGCAAGUAUUCUCUUAGCAUGUAUGGUUAAUGUCAGGAUAUAUGGUGAAAUGCCUAUGGUGAGCACUUUUUAAUUACGUCUAUGUUUGUGAACAAACCCGGGGCUAGCUAGAUUGCAGCAGGCUAGUGUUUGGUUUGUGUUGCGCUCCUGGGGUACUACAGGCGUGGGGUGUGAAGUAAGGUCCCUUGCGGUGCAUGAGGCUGCAAUGCUGCAUAGGAGUACAAAGUGAUAAAAUACACAAGUAAUGUUAUGGCGCUGAAUUUAAAACUAUAAUCUAUACCAAUAAGCAGCACUAUAUAUCGUGAAAAAGCUAUGUAAAAACAAUGAAAAAUUUAAGUGCGCUGUGCCUUUAAGACACAAAACAGUGAAAAUAAUUUUAUGUAUGUACAUACUACCCUAUGAUUGUAUAUUUCCUUUCUCUUUUUGAGACAUAUAUUGGAGUGCUGACAGAAGUUCUAAAGCACAUUCCAUAAUUGGGAAAAGCUAAGUAUUGUAUUUUUGCACAUAAUUGGUUGCACACAGAAACAAUUUUUUGCACAUUUUGUAUGUAUAUAUGUUGAAGUGAGUUGCACAUUGAUGCACUUGAUCACUUUAUUUGCACAAUAUUGCCCAAAUUAUUUUCACUGUUUUGAGUCUUAAAGGCACAGCGCACUUUAAUUUUUCAAUGCUGCAUAGGAGUCUACACGUGUGGCCUCAGGUUGGCGUCUAUGUGCGUUGAUAGUGCCAGGGUGUGUGUACCUACUGGGUACUAUAUGCGGUGCGGUAUUCAUGUUUGUGUGGACGUUGACACGUUCGCUGUCUUGGUGGUGGUCUUGCACGCUUAGAAUUACCCCUGACCUAAGGGGUUGGCGGGGGGGGGGGGUAUUUAAGGCGCCUCUUGUUGCCAGAUUGCCUGAGUCUCAGAGGCCAAUGGCUUGUUGAGUGAGAGAGGUGUGUAAACCCCGUUAUGUUAUGUUGGGAGGGUUGUGUUACCUAUCCGAGGAGUUGGGGUAUGUUGUCUGCGUGUGCAUACAAGAAAAUAAAAUAAAAGUAAACGGUAAAUAAGAAAAAAAAAAUAUAUAUAUAUAUAUAUAUAUAUAUAUCUCAAAUAAAAACUGAACAUGAGAAACUCUUAAUUGGUUUGGAUAAAAGUCCGAGCAGGUAGUUGGUCGAUGUGGUGUUCGAUAGCCAGAUGGUUGCUCAGAGGUAAGGCUGGCUCAGUCCCAUAGUUGGGUCAGAUAUUUGGGCGCUCAGGGUAAUUCGCCAGUUGUCCGUUUGAAGUGCUGGGUGUUGGGUCCCAGGCUACAGUUUGGUUGUCCUCUAUAUUAGGUGGUUGACUCGGUUGUAGUCCCAUUGCAGACAGGAAGGCUGGGGCUCCCAAGGGGGGGAGGUAAGACUGUGUGUGGUCCCCGCAUGAUGAACGAGUAAGGAGCCGGUGUUACCCCAUCUGUAUGGUAUGUUUGCUUUGCGUUGGGUGGACGUUACUUGGCCAAAGGAUUUACGUCUAAGUAACGUGGCUUUGGUGAGGUCUUGAAAAAAUAGUAACUUUGCAUCCUCAAAUUCUAGCGGCGUUUUGCCUUUCAGGGCAGUCAUUAUUUGAAUCUUAUCAUGUAUGGCGACAAAUCGCAGGAUGACAUCUCUGGGGGUGUCCUGUGCCGUGCAGGCUGAGCCUGUUACGCGGUACAUACCGUCCAGUUUGAUUUUCUUAGCUAUUGGUUGUGGCAGGAUUGUAGACGAGAGACGUCGUGUGUAGUGCGGCAGUUCUUCAGUGGUGAUGGUGUUGGGUAUGCCGCGUAUCUUUACAUGUGUUCGGCGUUGCUUGUCUUCAAGGGACAUUAUUUGGGUUGCUAGGACACGUUGUUCCAUAUGCAGCUGUUGGACUGAGUCUUUCAGGGUGGUCAUAGUGGUAUGGACUCCUGCUAUGUCCCUUUCUGCAUGUUUAAUGCGGUCUGUGACUUGUUGCAUGUCCCUUUUAAUCAGGGCCACAUCUGCAGCCAGCAGCUUCUGUAUGUCUGCCAGGAGGGCUUUCAGAUCCCCUUUAGUAGUGGGGGCUGAGUCCUCUGGCGAGGCUGGGAGUGAUGUGGGUCCCACCUGGGGGGUUUGUGUGGGGGGGGUCUCCUCUCCCUCUGUCUCCGGGACGGGGGCCAUGUUUGGCGGGGGAUCCGCAUAUUCUGGCGCGGUCUGCGCUGGUCGAAGCAGCAUUUCCCCUAUGUCCCUACCUUGGGCAUGAUUCCCAGCCGUGGGUUUAGGGGUGCGUCGGCCCAUGGUUGCGUCCUGCAGGGGGUAGGCUGGGUGAUCGCGACCUGCUCCCCAUCCGUCGAGUGCCUCUAGGCUGAGGGUUGGUGUGGCGCAGUAGGCCGCGGUUUUGCGCCGCUGCCUGGGUUGCCUGGCGGCUUGAAAAAAAGGCACCAAUCUACUCGCCCUGACACCGUGGUGCUUUAUAUGCCCUUGAUUUUGGCGGAUGGCCCCUGUGUAGGGAGAUUUUUGCAAGUUUGUGGUCGGCAAUCCGGGAGCUGUGUAAGAUAGCGUCUGUACAGGUUGGUCGUCAGGCUCCGCCCCCCUAGAAUGUGCUUUUUGUACCACUCCACUUUGUUAUACAUAAGACUGACACGUUUAACCCCUUAAGGACCAAACUUCUGGAAUAAAAGGGAAUCAUGACAUGUCACAUAUGUCAUGGGUCCUUAAGGGGUUAAAGGGACACUAUAUGCAUUCAGACCACUUAAUAUCAUUGAAGUGGUGUGGGUGCCUUGUCUGUGUCCCCUUAAUCCUGGGGGGGGGGGAAAGGGCUAGUGCUAGAAAUACAGAUUUCCUAAAACUAUAGAUUUCCUUUACGCUACUAAGCACUGCCAGAGCCUUAAAGGUAGACUCUAUGAAACUUCAAACGAAAGUGUCCUGGGCCAACAUUCAGAGAGCACAUACCACCAGACUAGAAAUAUUCUGCCCAUUCUAGUCAACACGUAACAUAGUUUCCAUUACCUGCAUGUUAUAUUAUCGUUUUCUGGUUGCAUUUUAUGCCUUGAUUUAUAUACUUGAACCCCAGGACAUACUUGAAAAGGAGAGAAAUCUCAAUGUAUCUUUCCUGGUAAAAUAUUUUAUAAACAAAUAAAUGUGAUUUGCUCUUGAAACUUGACAGAAUCUUUCCAGUCCUGGUCAUAAAUGGAACAGACAGUGGAAUAAAAUGACGGACCAAGAAAACAAUAACAGCUUUUCUGCCAAUCCUUUUGCUGCUCUCUUUGGUUCUGUAGCAGAGGCACAGCAGUUUGUGGCUGGACAGAAAGUGCAGCUUCAACAGAAGACCGGUGAGAUUAGGAGACAAGGAAAAUAAAAUACAUAAUGCUUGUGUGGAUCUUCUUGUCAAGGUGAACUAGUAUGUUAAAGUGUUUCUGUCACCAAAGACUUAUUUAUGAGAAUUUGAAAACCAUCAUAUAUUUAUAUACUGCACUGAAAUCAAACGAUAUCAUAAGACAUAGCAGGGACCAAGUUGACAAAAGGUUGGAUCUCCUGCCAUUAUGUUUUGUGAGUUCCCACAGUUGGUGCUAGGCAUGGUCUCACUCAUCGCAAGACAUGAUCUAUGGAGGCUCCUGCGUGAUCCUCCAUAGAGAUCAGUAAGCUUGUGCAAAAAUUCAAAUUUUUGCACAAGUUUAGAGAUCACUGACUUGCUCCCUCCAUGCAACCAUCAAUAAGCAUAUUUUGCAAAAACCCCACCAAAGGUGACAGAGCUGCUUUAAUGAUUGUGUUCUUACCACCAUUACUGGUUACCUAAAAUAUAAAAUAGGGAAAAUUAGAUUACCCAUGAGUGCACCUUUGGGUAUCUUGGAACAAAGGAGCCUAAGUGACCUGGAAGUGCACUGGAGUUAUUUUCUUAUUUUAUUUUUUUUUACAGCAAUUCAAGCUGCUGUCAGAAGUGAGGUUGUUGUAGGACAGGGAUAGGCCACCUUUGGCGCCCCAGAUGUUGUGGACUACAAUUCCCUUGAUGCUUUGCCAGCAUUAUGACUGUAAGAGCAUGAGAGAUGAAGUCCAAAACACCUGGUGUUGGGUACUCUCUGCACCGUCGACUUUACAAUCAUGCACAGUUGUGAUAGUACUUAGGCAAUCCUAGUUCUUCUUCAAUUUGUUCUUGAAACUUGAUUACUUUCUAUGGUAAGGAUAGAAGUAUAAACACAUACAAUUUUACUUGAAGGGACACUCCAGGCACCCACCUGUAGGUUAGGUUACAGUUAUAUUUAUAUUGGGUAAUUCUAAAUAAUAAUUUUUGCUUUAUAAGCCCAUCCAUUCUGCCCCUGCUUCCCAACCUCCUGUGUUUGCAUUCUUACUCCAAAUGUACAGGUUUAUAUGAUGUUAUGAUUUUUUACCGACAGGCAUUCCUUUAGUUAUGUGCUUGUCGGUGUAAUGAAAAGGUAAAUGAUCAUUUUGGUGAGAGAUUAAUGCACAAGUGUACAGUCUAAGAAUUAGAAGUUACACUAGAUGUGAGUUUUGUUUCUGUUUUUUUAAUUUGUGUCUCUAUCUUUCACGUUUUUCUAUAUAAUGCAUAAACAGAUAUUAUGUUUGCUAGAGCAGGGCUUAAUAUUUCAAGUUGUACACUGAUAGCCAGGCCUUAAAUGUUACUUGCCAUAGCAAGCCUGGAGGGUUCAUGACACACUCUGGGUCUAUUUAUAUUUGCCAGGGCUAUAUUUAUUUUUUUUACUAGCCAAUGGGAAGUUGAAAUUUUGAGUCCUGAUCUUGAAUAUACCUUUAAUAACCCAGCUUCAAUCUUUAGUGUUUCCAAUCCUUUCCUCAGUGUAACUAGAAAAUGUCUACUUUACCAGGUGAGGAUGGAGAGGACAGCCAGGAUGAAUCUGACAAUAGCGUAUCAGAAAGCUUGGAUGACUGUGACGACUCCAUUGCAGAAAUCAGUCGCUCGUUCCGCUCACAGCAGGAGAUAUGUGAGCAGCUCAACAUCAACCACAUGAUUCAGAGGAUCUUUCUCAUCACUCUGGACAACAGUAAGUACCUGUCCAGUUAUCCAGUCUUGUUGUUAGGGACUUGAAAUGUCUGCAAUCUACCCAUGUUGGAUUUAAAAAGAUAUAUGUAAAUAAAUAACAGAUAUUAGUUAGUAAGAUAUUAACAUCUUCAUUUACCCCUCUGUGAUUAAGAAUUGAGUGUGUGCUUUUUAAAAUGCUUUCUAAAAGAUCAAUACAAGACUCGCAUAAAUGAGUUUCAUGCAAUAAAUCCGCAUCUUACUGGUGUUGUCUGCUUUGCCCUUCAAGUAGCUGAGGAAUUUUAGCCCCCAGUCCCACCGAGAGAAAAGCACUGCACUUAAGGCAUAUAUUGACACUUAGGCUGGCUAAGGUCGGUGACCAGAAUUCUUUUUGGUCCUAGUAAUUAGGUCUGCCAUUACUCAUCAAGGCCACCCUACUCUUGCAUAGAACGUAGUAUGGCUUUUCAGUCCCACUAAUUUCCUGUUAUGUAAUAUCCCAAUGCCGAUCCACUACGAACUUUAGUUACAUAUUUUUGUUAUAAUGGGGUAGGUGGAUUUGGGGUGAUUGAUGUAAAGCUGCUGUCAGUGAUGCAUAGAAGAAGUGCUACCGCAUGCUUUUGAAGCGGACUGCAUUUUUCAGGAAUAAUUUAUUUCAUUUCUGGGGCACAACUCUGUAUCAGGAUACAAUUAAAGGGCUGGAGAUUUUACAAUGUAUUCUUCCGUAUGCAGAGCUUUCCCCAUAGAAAUGAUUGCGAGCCACUAACCUUUUUGCAGAGCAGCCAGUACUGUGUAUGUCUAAAAGCACCCCAUUAAAUCCUAAUGGGAAAUGCUACUUGUGAGCAUCAUACCUCUUUUCACUGCGCACCACAAGUGAAUUAUAGGGUUUGUGUCAGAAGCAUCACGGGCCUGUAACUCCCACAAAUUGCAACCAUCGUAGUGAAAUAAUGGAAAAUGUGACUGCUCCACCAGAAUCACUAUAUCUCCAGUGAAAAGUAGGGGGGGAAGGAGUGGACCAGUGUGAUUUAGUAAAACUUGUGUCCUUCUGGUUCUCAGCACUGCACAUGACCCUAUAGUUUAUGUGGUAUUUGCUGUGGAUAAUAUUGUAUUGAAAAUUAAACAUCCAGACCAGAGUGUAUCUCUAUACCUUCCUACGGACAGCACAUGAGGAGUGCUCGUGUAGAAAGAGUAACAAUGGCUGCCUGUAGGUUAUCCUUUAUCUGUAGAAUUUCUGGUUACUAAUAUUGGAGGUAUUGCUGCAGGAGAAUGCAUCACAGGUAAUAACCACACCAACUGAUUAUUGGCUUUUGAAGUUGUGUGUUCCAUUUUGUUACAGGUGACCCCAGUAUGAAGAGUGGGAAUGGUAUUCCUUUGCGCUGUGUUUAUCUUGAGGAUCUUGGGUCUGAGCUAGAUGGACAGGACUGGUUAGACAUGGACAACGUGGAACAGGUAUCAGUCUUACAUCAGUGUAGAAUCAGUUACUAGUCUGACAUGGCACCUUUGCCCUGAGCGCUUUACAAAAGAUAUACGAAGCAAACAUUGACCGGGAGAAUAAGUAUUAGAAUCAAGUGAAAUCUGCCUUAAAUAAGUAAUGGCCACUGUAAUGUGGAGUGAACACAAGGGUAAUUGCUAAGAGGACCUAGGAAAUGGCCUGAAGAUGAGACUGCCGAGAAGCAAGUACAAUGUCGUAAGAUGCCUUGGAAAGUAAGGGGAGUUUUGGUAAGAAAGGAGAGUGAACUAAAGAGAUGAAGGAACGCUUUUGAGGUAAGAUGGGGUUUUAGACAUAUUGCAACAUGGGCAGGCUUGUGGCAGAAGAUGAUUGAGGGAAGAUGGGGAGAUGUAAGUUUAUGGAUGGAUUUCUAGACGACAAAAUAAGAAUACCAAACAUUGGCAGAUUGGAAACCAGGGUACACAUGUAAACAUUAGGAGUAUUACAUGUAUAGGUCGAAGCAUGUUCUGCAGAAAUGCAAUAGAAGGGUGAAGGAAUUUGUUGUAAUCAAGCUGGGUAAAAUUAUUGCGUAGAUGAAUUCUGUGAAUUUUUAAUUUGAGUGUGAUGGUUAAAACUGCGGGUGGUAAGAAAAGACAUAUAGCUAAGGUGGAAUAAAAAAGAAAUGUGAAUUAUAAUGGAGAAAUACGUUUUGCAAAUAAGAAAAGUACUUCAGCUUUGCCAACUUUAUGUGAAGAUGUAAACGUGUCCAGAGGACAGGAAAACUGAAGGAGUGGACAGAAGUCAUGAUGAAAUCAGCUAAUUAAUAUUCUUUCUGUACCCUGUUCCAAAAUGUCAGUAAAACUAAACGUUUUUCUUUUAUGGAUUUGCUUCACAUUAGAAAACACACUUUUUUUUUUUUAUUAGGACAUGUAAGAAGAUGGUAAUAUCCAGUCUCAAAGUUUAGGUUUUAUUAAAUUAAAUGGUAAUCUGUAACGGUCUUCGGGUCCAGCACACUUUGUAUUGUACAGUUCCUAUGUUCUUGUUUUAAUACUCACUCUUUCUUUCAGGCCUUAUUUACUCGGCUUCUUCUUCAGGAACCAGGGAAGUACCUCAUAUGCAUGACAUCCUCAGUAGCCCCUAACCUUUCUGCAGACAGAGAUGCUGGAGAGGAACACAUUAUCCCAUUUCUGUUCUCUUGCUUCCAAAGAGCCAAGAAAGAGGUGAGAGCCAAAGCCAGUACUUGGUUGAAUUGUAUCACCUAUUUCACUCCUGUUUUGAAAUUUGCAAUGAGCUUCAUCCCUACCAGUGGCUAACUGCAAUUGUUUCUGUACCUGUAGGUCACAAAAGUGCCUGAAAAUCUUCUACCAUAUGCUGUUCGCUGCAAGGCUCUAACAGUUUCCAAUUCCCGCACUGUUCUACUAACGCCAGAAAUCUACCAAGGACAGGAUGUUCCAGCCCAGUUGGUGGACCUGAUGUUGGAAGGACUCAGAGGGGCAUGUAAGUUCCACCCAUCUUAUACGACUAUUGAGAAGAUUAACCUGAUUCUCUAUACCUUGACUUAUUUCUGUUUUUUUUUUUGUUUUUUUUUUGUACUUUAUUAAAUAAUAAAGUACACAUUUGUGAUAGGUUUGGCUGGCGUUGUUUUACUAAGAGCAGGAGUAGAUGGAGCGUUGUAUGCCCCCCUUUAUUAAAAAUGUAUCAGUCACUUUUACAAGGGGCCAAACAAUGUGAUUCUCAUAAUUCUGUUUCCUUUCAGACUUUGAAGAGGUAUCAGAGUUCCUGGAGGACAUUAUUGAGGCACUUUUGGCAGAUGAAGAAGUACACACCUUCAGUGAAGUUUUCCAGCCUGUGUUUGAUGUGCUUCUAGAAAGGGUUAAGGACUUAGAUCUGUGCCAAAUGCUGCUGUAUACUUAUCUUGACCUCCUACUCUACUGCACUCGACAGAAGGAUAUUGCUAAGGUAAGAAGUUGAACAAAAAGGGAACUGCAUGCUUCUUGUAUUUUUUGUUGUUUUUUUGUGGUGUUUAUACUGAAGGCAGGUAUGGAUCCUUUUUACAUAAUGUAUGUCUUUGUGAAGUUGCCUUGCUAAAAUACUAGUGUUGGUGUGUAUAAAGGCACUUAUAAAAGUUUAAAAUUUACAUAUAAAAAAAUUUUUUAGUUCAAUAAAAUUUCCUUAGUUGCUGACCACUACUUAGUGUAAAACCUUUAAACACUUACAAACGUACAAAAAUAGUGAAACUGUAGUGUAGCAUUUAAAAAAUUGGAAGAUUAAACAACCAGUGUGCAAAAUUUUGCUCUUAAAGUGUCUAGUUACCUGUAUCAAUCCUUACAAAAACUCUUUUAAGUGCUUGUGCAAAAUAUGCAGGUAAUAGUGUACCCUUAAAAAAAACAUUAAAACAUAUGAUAUACCAUUUUUAAAGUGCUUAGUGUACUUAUGUGGAAAAAAAAUGUUAUGUGCAAAUUUAUAAAGACAUUAUCUUUGUGACCAAAGGCUAUGGCACAUGAACUGAAUUGAUUAGCACUUUGGUCAUAAAGAUACGUUUGUAAUGUCUUUAUAUAUUUGCACAUAAGUUUUUUCCGCAUAAAUACACUAAGCACUUUAAAAUAUUUUAUAUCACAUAUAAUCCUGAAGGAAUGGGAUUAAUAUUAUUUUUUUUUUGUUGGUGACAAUUCCACUUACUGUAUAUAUUUUGUAAGUAUACCAAGUAUCUGUAUUCUAGAAUAAAGUAUUUUCCAUUCACAGGUAUUCGUAAAAUAUAUACAGCCUCAGGAUCCCACGAAUGGGCACCAAUAUCAGAAGACACUACUUGGGGUCAUUCUCAGUAUUUCCUGCUUGCUGCGCACCCCAGGGGUGGUAGAGAACCACGGCUACUUCCUUAAUCCAUCACGGUCCAGCCCUCAAGAAAUCAAAGUCCAGGAAUCUAACAUCCAUCAGGUAGGGCGAUCUUUGAAUAGACCAUUUUGGAUAGAGCUUAAAGGGACUCUCUAAACACUAAACCACUACAGCUUAAUGUAGUGAUUUUGUCAAAAGCAUACUUCUCAUAGGGAAGCUUUGUAUUGAAUGCUUCUCUGUGAGUAGCAUCUAAUUGGUCCUGUCAGUUCCAGAGUUUGCCCAAUAGGUUCUCGGUGCUUCUCUAUGAGGAGCAUUGGGCUGGACAGAGAUCAUCUGAAAAUAGGAAGAGCAGCUCUCUCAUGGAGACUGUUCAAAAGGUGAAUAAAAACUAAUUAUAUUAAAUGUGUGAGGGGCCAUUCUAUGAAAGGUGCUAUUGCCAUUUAAUGUCAUUUAAUUGGCUACAGUGUCUGGAGUUCCCUGAUGCUGUCCCUUUGUUUGGUGUUAACCCAUUUUUGGAAUAGUUAACACUGAAUUAGGGUCCCUGGUCCACACAGCCCUGCCCUCACUGGAGACAUGACUAAGACAGAGAUUAUACACUUCCUUCUAGCUAUACCAAUUCGUACCAGAACUGGCGGCUGUGAUAGGCUGACACUCUCAGGACUGCAGACACUAUAACCACUUCAAUGAGAUAAAAUGUUUAGUGUCCUUUUAAGGAACACUCUAUCAUUAAUGGAUCUCUCAAAGCACCAAGCUUGCUGUGGUGGUUAUGGUGCAAGGAUUGGCUUUACCUCUUAAUAUAAGGCGUAAAACCGUUUGAAAGCUGUUUGACAUCUUCAGUAGGGUUGGGUGCUGCUCCCCACCUCCGCUACCACUGAUGGAGAACCAGAAGCUCUCUGUCUAGGCUAAGCCCUGCGAGAGAAAUCAUCUAAUCCUCUCAGCCAAAGAGCUAGCACUUUACUGCAGAGUUUAGCUCAGGAACUCCUGCCUAUUUGUUUCUGGCUCUCCAUUGUCAGUAGUAGAGGUGAGGAGUGGAGCCUGGCAGAUCCCAAGUAAGACUUUUUUUUAUAUAUAUAUAUAUAUAUAUAUUCUUCUUCUUCAGAAAUGUUCCAAAAUAGUAACGUAAUUAAUUAUUAAGCCUCACAGCAGCAUCUCAAAAGCCAUCAAUAAAUAGGGAGGAAACUGCAGAUAUAUGAUCAUGAUAUAGUCAACAUGUUUUUGUUUUUAGAUAUUUUAGCAUUAGUCCUAACCACACCCAAUAGAUUUGUUGGGUGUUUUUGGUUUGUGUUUUUUUUUUUUUUUUGCCCUAUGGACUAUACUCCAAUGGGGAAUAAUAUGUAGAUCACACUAACAUUUAUUAGAAGCAGUGACCUCUUAUGAAAAUCCUGGCACUCAUACAACUGACAAAAAUUGUUUGGGAAAGUUCUACCAAGAUAUGCAACCAUUUCUUUCUUUCUAUUGCACUGAGAAUAAUGCAACUACAUUUUAUCUAUAUUUCUGUGUAUUAGACCAUGCCUUUCCACUCAGUGCUUACCAACGCACUGUCCUCUGUGUUUCUUAUAGUUCAUGGCACAGUUUCACGAGAAGAUUUACCAGCUCCUGAAAAAUCUUCUUCAACUAUCUCCUGACACUAAGCACCUGAUCUUGUCCUGGCUUGGAAACUGUCUACAUGCUAAUGCUGGCCGUGGCAAAAUCUGGGCCAACCAGGUUCCUGAAAUCUUUAUGCAAACUUACGCCUCAGACAGUUUCUUCCUCAAUUUGGGAGCAGCUCUACUCCGCCUCUGCCAGCCCUUUUGUAAACCAAAGUCUGCUCGUCUGCUGACUUUUAAUCCCACUUACUGUGCUCUACGAGAGAUCAAUGAAGAGGAACGCAAGACUCGGAAUGCACAUAUGAAAGGUAAGUAGACACAAUGUAAAGUCUGCAUAUUCUUUUAUUAUAACCACCACCACUAGAUUUGUAUCCAGUCUGUUGUUCUCCAUAUCCAUUUAUUACCCUUGUGUUCUAUUUAGAUUUGUGGACUUGUAUCUCUUUUCAAUACAGGCCUAGACAAGGAGACUUGCCUGAUUCCAGUUGCUUCAGACCAACAACCAGAGUUCCCUCAGACUUUCAACCUGGUGACGGAGAACCUGGUGUUGACCCAAUACACCCUGCACUUGGGCUUUCACCGGUAAACUCUUCCUUCCUACACUUCUGAACCCAUCGACUUAACCACAUGCGAUUAUACUGUGCACAAAUGCAUAGUAUUGCAGGUUGCUGGCUGUAAAAUAAAAUUAAAAGACUGUAUGAAAGCAGUAAGUUUUAAUAAACAUGUCAGAGACCUAUUUUUGUAUGGUAGCUCAUUUAAUCUAUAUUAUUGUGCUAGCGAGAGGUGUUUUAAUUAGUGCACAUUUGGCACACCACCUGGGAUGCCGAGAAAUGUUGGCACCGGAGAAACUAAAAGAUGCCCGAGUUUUUUUUUUUUUUUUUAAGGGAUUGUGAUACUGCCUGAUGCUUAAAUAUUGAGAUAGUAAUUAGCUGCCUAAUGGUUUUAAAUCUUGCCAAAAUCUUGAGUUUGGAGACAUGUGACGAAUAUAUCUCUCCCGUUACAUUUAUCAGUGGUAUGCUACCGUCAUCUUUUAAUUCUUUCACUUUUUUCCCCCCUCUUGCCUCCAGGUUACACGAGCAAAUGGUGAAGGUGAACCAAAGUCUGCAUAGGCUGCAAGGAGCCUGGAGAGAUGCCCAGCAGAGUGGUAGCCCUACUGCAGAGAACUUGCGAGAACAAUUUGAACGACUCAUGACCAUCUAUCUGUGUCUGAAGGCUGCUCUCAGUGAACCCCAAAUGUUGCAGAAUUGCAUACAUCUGCAGGUCUCAACUGCACUUCUCUUGGUCCAGAUUGCUUUGGGCAACAGGGGCACAGAACCAGUGACCCUCAUCUUUCCUGUUCCCGAUGUUCAGCAUAGUGCACUAGCAUAUGUACCAGGUAACAUACAACCCAUUUUUUCAGCAAUUGCAGUUUAGUUUCAAAAGUUAAAGGAACGCUCUAGGUUCACCUCAUUUUUAUCUUUUUAUCUGAAUGCCCUCAUUUCAGCAGCCCUGUCAGUCCAGAUAUGUGGUUCAUUAUUUGUAUAAUCAGCAAAAGAAGAUUCUCUCAUUAGCCUCAAACAUGUUUUUGUCAACCUAGUGAUUCCUGCUAGGUUUCAUGUCUAAAUUUAGAUGUUGGUUACUUCAAUUUAGGGUUUCUUGCAUAAAAGAGCAAAUGAGAGCCAAUCUGUCACUGUGCUUAGCUUUCCCAAUAAUUUUUCUGUUGUACCACUGAAAUACCGUAUAAUUCACGAAGAUCGAAGAUGUUUGUGUUGAACAUCGCUUGUUCCCAUUUACCAUUAUUCGCCCUAAAGCUGUAAAUUGUUUAAAGUUUAAGCAAAAAUAGCUGAACUUGAAACACAGCUGACUUGAAUAAUUUUACCAAUUUGCCUAUUGUGGCCUAAAAUUUGAAAUAUAAUUUGUGUUCUUGACAGUUCACACUUUAGUGAAUAAUAUUGUUUAAAUUCAAAGGGACAUGGAAAGCAUGGCUUUUGUUAUAAUUUUACCUUCUAUGUUUCUUACAGAGUUUUUUGCAGACAACUUGGGUGAUUUCUUCAUCUUCUUGCGGCGCUUUGCAGAUGAAGUUCUAGAAACUGCGGCAGAAUCUCUGGAACAGAUACUGGAUUUUAUCACCGUUUUCACUGGCUGCGUUGAGAGGUAAUGUGUUAGCAAUAAAAGGGAUUAAUGGAGAGAAUGUAUACCGUAUAUACUCGAGUAUAAGUCGACCCGAAUAUAAGCCGAGGCCCCUAAUUUUACCCCCCAAAAACUGGGUUUUUUCGAGUAUAAGCCUAGGGUGGGAAAUUUCUAAAUAAAAUUAGUUCCCAAUAAAAUUACAUUCAUUUAAUAUUUAUUUGCAAUGUGUGUAUAUGAUAAAUGCAGAGAGUGUUUGUGUAUAUAAUGAAUGCAGAAUGUGUGUGUUUGUGUGAAUGCAGUGUGUGUGUAUAUAAUGCAGAGUGUGUGCAUUAUAUACACUGCAUUAUAUACACACACACUCUGUAUAUGAUGCAGACUGUGUUUGUGUAGUGUGUGUGUGUGUGUGUGUGUAAACUGGGUGGGAGGAGGGCAUUCGUAUUAUUUUUAAUAUUUUUUUAUUUUAAUAUUUUUUUAUUUAUUUUAAUAUAAUUAUUUUAAUAUAUUUUUUUAAUAUUAUUUUAUUAUUUAAUUGUUUCAUUUUUUUUUGUCCCCCCCCCCCUCCCUGCUUGUUACCUGGCCAGGGAGGGGGGCUAUCUCAUUCCAUGGUGGUCCAGUGGCAUGGGCCGUGCAGGGAGGGGGGCUGGCAGCAAGCUGUUACUUACCUUUGUAGCAGCUCCGGUCUGCUCCCUUCACUUCCGCUCCGUUCAGCUCACUGUCUAAAUCUUGCAGUCUGCGUGCCGCGCGGAGCGUUGCCAUGCUCUGGAAACACUCUGAUGGCCGUGGGUCUCGCGAAAUUUAGCGGAAGUGAAUGGAGCAGACCGGAGCUGACAGUGAGCGGAAGGCAAUGGAGGUGAAGGGAACUGACCGGAGCUGCUACAAAGGUAAAUAACAGCUUGCUGCCAGCCCGCAACAGGAUCGCCGGGCUUGUAAUGAGUCCGGCGGUCCUGGUCUGUAUUAUGGCAAUGUAAGUUGCCAUAAUACACACACUGACUCGAGUUUAAGCCGAGUGGGGCUUUUUCAGCAAAAAAAAUGUGCCGAAAAAACUCGGCUUAUACUCGAGUAUAUACGGUAAUCACUUAAGAAUAGCUAUAUUAAAAUGUAUUGCGGGCAAGAAAUACAUCAUGGGCAAGAAAAAACAAUAUUGCACAUACUUAAUAUAGGGGUGCACGGAUAUGAACGCAUGGCACUAAUGUAGAAUAUAGUAGCAUAGAGUAUAUAAUGUAGCAGUAUAGUGUUGAGGAAUUGAGUGAAUGGCGAGAUCAUCUUCAGGUAGCUAUACAAUCAAUCUGCUACCUUAUAUAGUUUAGAUCAUGACUGCCCAAUCGGUAGAUCCCCAGAUGUGGUCGAACUACAACUCAUAUGAUGCUUUGUAUGCCUUUAGAAUGACAAAGCAUCAUGGAAGCUGUACUUCUACCACAUCUGGGGAUAUACCUAUUGGGCAGCCCUAGUUUAGAUGCUUUAUACUCCUUUUCCUUUGUGUCCUCACAGAAUGGAGUGUGCUGUGAGGGAUUAAGCAGAAUAAUAGUAAAUGUUUGAGUAUAAGACAAGACCGUAUAAAAUAUUUGGUAUACAACUCUAUACCAACUCUGGGUUUGAAAGCUUAAAUGGAGAGGGUACGCCCUACUGCCCUACUGCUCUACUGGAUAAAUCCAUAUCAACAUAACAUCAGGGUAAUACCAACACAAACAGAGGGAAUGUCAAAAUAAGGUUAUGGAGUCAAAGAUAUAUUGCUAACAUAUCAAAUGUAUGUAAUCAACAAGAAAGAGUGUUAAGCCCAAAGCAGAAUAUUUCUCUAUGUCUCAAUUCCAAUAAGUAGUGUCACAUAUGUGCUUGCAGAUGACACACAGCAACCUUGCCAAUGCUCUCAGUUGGGGUGUUGGCUGUAGCUCAACAAAAGGAAAAUAUAGCUUGUACCUAUAUAGCAUGUCUUACAGGACCCUUAAGGGACACUAUAGGCACCCAGACCACUUCAUCUCAUUGAAGUGGUCUGGGUGUUGUGUCCCUAUCCCCCUUAGUCCUUCAAUGUAAAACAUUGCAGGUUUAUAGGGACUGUAAUGUUUUCAUUGCAGUGCUAAGACUGUCUUUAAUGGCUGUCUACCAGAUGGCCACUAGAGGCACUUCCGAGAGUUCACCAGACAUUGGGUCCCUUAAAUGACGCUGGAUGUUCUCAUGCUCUGCAGCUUCAGAUUUAUAAUCUAUAGAAUCCCUUUAACAUCCUUAACUUCACAUGCUUUAGAAAUAGUUGACAGAAUAUAUCUGUGAGAUAAGGUGUCAGUCUAUAUAGACUAACACCUGAUCACAAAUCUAAAAGCUGUGAAAGCAAGAGUGCUGAGAGGUAGCUAUGGAUUCUAUAGAUGUUUUUAAGAAAGCUUAGAUGAUUUUGUGCAUAUAAUUGGAUUUGCUGAAAUGUUAAACCAUGUAUUUAUACAUUCUCUACCAUUAUUUUGUUGACCCAUUUGUGGUUUGCAGCUCAUUGAUUGCUUUUCUAUUUAACAUAUUAUUGCAACCAUAAUUAAUAUGUCUGGGAACACCUUGUGCAUCCUAGUGAGAAAUGUGAUCGCACUUUUAGAAACAAGAAUAUUUUUCCUUUUCUGUGGCACAAUAAACAGUCACUUGAAAUUGCAUUUAACCUAGAUUACUAUGUUAUUAUGUAACAGAGAAAGCUGUGGCCUUUGACAGUCUCGAGGAAUUUCAGGAUGUUACAUUCUGGUAAAGAGGAGAUAGCCACUUACUUAUACUUUGCCCACUCUGCAAAGAUUAUUCAAAUUCUAUAGCGUAUAAGCAAGCAUGAUUUACAUGUGGAUAGUUGACCAAGGGACAGAAAAGAAUGAUUUCCAUAACAUCUGUCAUCUCCUAAUUAUCAAAUCGCUUGAAAUUUCGUGGCAUGGAGAGUGCACCCAUUGCUUUUAACAGUGGAUAGAUUCUGCAUGAGUAAACCCUCAAAUUAGUCUGUUAGAAGCUGUUGCCAUUGGAUCCACUUCAGAAGGAACCCAUUUCAUUACAUUACUUGGACCCAGAUGCAGCCUGAAUCCAAAUAUCUCUGGAUUUAGGCUGCACUCGCUGCUGUCCUGACUUACUCUGCUGAGGAAAUAUGCACUCAAGUUGUUGGACCAUGGAACCCUAUAUCAGGACAUUCUACUUUGCCCAGUUUCUGAUGAGAGGUAGAUUUUUCUCUGCAUCCCUCUAUUCUUCUUGCUUGUUAAUAUAAGAUACUCCACUGUGGUUGUCCAUACACUUAGUUUACUAUUGACUAAUAGUAGACUGUUGACAUAAGGUAAGUUCUGAAAUAUUGUUUGGAACUUGGAAGGUGUGAUUUUCCCAAAGUCCUUUAGCAUAAAGGCAUCCCACGUGACUAUGACCAAGUCUUCCAACAGGAAACCCUUAAAGAGGCUCUUUGGAGAAAUCAGCCACUUUAGAUCCUUAUGCAGUUAUUUGAAUCAAUGGAUUUAAUUAUUUGACCUCGACCUUGCAGUUACAAACAAAAAUUAUGUCAGAAAAUUUAAUUUUGGGGGAGAGAAGAUGCUAUUGUGUCAGUUUGACCACAUUUAAUGGCAAAGUGCCAACAAGCUCAUGAAGGAUCUUCCUAAAAAGUACAGCCGAUCCACCUUGCUGCUUAGCUUAUCUAUUUCUUGUCUGAAAAGAAAGUCCAUACAUACUCUUGUGUCACAACCAUGCCCAUAAACACUUAAUUUACAAUGAUAAAAGUUGAUGACCCAACCAAGUGAUUCUGGUACUAUAGGGGUAUUGCAACAGCUGUGCUAUCUCUAUACAAUCAAUACACACAAAUCUCUUAGGUGAUCCCUAUCCUCAGGGGCAUUGUACUGGGACAACGUGGCUUAACUAAAGCUCAAUGAAAAUUGGCAGUAGAAGGCUUAAAGUAAGCUGAAAGGUCCCACAGGCAUGGACAUAAAAUAAUAACAGGUUUGUUUGCUGUUCUUACAGCCAAAAGGUCAGAGCUAUAUGCUGCCAUGAUGGCCCUAUGCAAUAGUGCAAAUUAUUCAGUGAAGGGGGCCCAAGUUACAUAUUAUGUCUCUUUGUAAUGCUCAUUUCACUUGCUUUAUCAUUGUAAAGUAUGCAGUCGUAGAGGCGAUAUACAUCUGGUUCAAGUAUCUUACAACAACCUAAACCUCAGCUUUAUUGUACACCGUAGCAUAUUCACAGUUCUGCACUGGUUUUUUCCAUUUUUAAUCCCUUGCAUUUUUAGGAAACUCCUUAUACCAAUGUUUUCUCAUCCUUGGUUGGUCUCUAAGUAAGCAGUAUAUUUUUGUUUUCAGGAUGAAAAAUCCCCACCUGCGUGCUAAACUAGCCGAAGUGCUGGAAGCUGUAAUGCCUCACCUGGAACAGGUUCAGAACCCACUUAUCUCUAGUGUCUUCCAUCGUCAGAAAAUCUUCUGCUCCUAUCGACAUGCACCACACUUAGCAGAGGCCCUUAUUAAAGUCUUUGUAGAUAUAGAAUUUACUGGUAAGUCCAGGAGUUUGGCUGCUCUCAAGGAAAGCCUUAUGGGCUGUUAGGUGUUUUCUUUUUUUUUUUUUUAUCUUUAUUUUUGUAGUGCAAGUUUAGAACAGCAAGCCCAUGUUGCCACAACAGCAGUCACAGGCAUAACAUCAACAUACAGUAUCUGACAUGGCAAGUGAGAGAACUGCACAGUUUUAUAAAUUGAAGCAGAAAAGGUCCGCACAUUCUUUGUUUUGUUAAAGUAACUGAAUAACAUAUAAGCUUGAUCUAGGUAUGCUUGAAUACAGUACUAACAUGGUAACGUUAGAAGUAAACAGGUGAUGGUCGCUAAAUCGAACAUAAACUUCGCCUAAUCUGGGCAAGUAAGGAGUUAGGGUGUAGUGUCUGUUAGGUGUUUUCAAAACAGAGUUGAAUUUGUGUUGUUGUCAAUACACCAUGUUAUUUGGCACCCAUGUGACUUAAUUUUGUGAGAAUGCACAGACCGUUAUUUAAUUUGUGUGAAUCUAUGGUUUGCUGAAAUGUUAAACCUUGUAUUCAUACGUUCUCUACCAUUAUUUUGUUGACCUAUUUGUGGUUUGCAGCUCAUUGAUUGCUUUUCUAUUUAACAUAUAAUUGCAACCAUUAUUGUUUCUGCAGGAGAUCCUCAUCAGUUUGAGCAGAAGUUUAACUAUCGUCGGCCAAUGUACCCCAUUUUGAGGUAUAUGUGGGGGAGGGAUACCUACCGUCAGAGCAUAAAGGUCAGUGACCUUAUAAAUCACCUUAUUCACAUAGAAUUUUAGAUUUGUAGUUUUUUGAUAUGACUGGUUCCCAGUUGUUAAAAAUUAUUUAAUGGAAUUCCAUUUGGAACCCCACAGAGCUUAGCGGAUUAUGCAUCAGAGAACCUUGAGGCUGUGAAUCCCCCUCUCUUCUUGCGCUUCCUCAAUCUGUUAAUGAAUGAUGCUGUGUUCUUACUGGAUGAGGCCAUCCAGGUAAGUAAUUAGCAUUUAAUCAAUAAACAGUGGACAAAGUGAUGCUUGAAAAAAAACUGUCUUGGAGCUUAAGUUGUAUUGCUAAAUGGAAUAUGAUAUUUUCUGGAUGUGCUUACACAAUAUCUGUAGCUGUGUCCUCUUUUCCAUCUAAUCCGUAGUCUCAGUUUCAGGUACCAGGAAAAUGUACAUAUAUUUAUGAAUGUCAUUUUCUGAAAUGAAAAUUAGAUAGUUGCUCUAUUUUUCUUGGAAUUUAAUUAUUUGCAAUUACAUUUUUGCAAACAUAUUCUUUGAUCCCCCUAAAGAAUGGAGGAAAGCAUAGACCGACUUUUAGUAGGUUUAUAUUACAAGGCUUGUAUAAUUUCUUCUGUCAAGCUGUCAAAUAUAUAUAAAAAUGCAAUAAUGUAUUGGAUUUUAUAUUCCACUGCAAAAUUUGUACAAAACAAGGAUAUUUUUCUCUGCAUUCUUUAUGGGUAUGCAAGUCUAACCUAUACCCGUAAAGAAAUUUAAAAUCUUUCCUUUGGUCAGUGGGGUUAAAUUAUUUUUUAGCAUGCAAAUGUACUGUUUUAGUAUGUAAAUGUACUGUUAAAAUACCAGUUAAAGUCUUUCCGUGAUAUUUGUUUUUUCUUUUUCUUUUGAUGAUUGUUCUUUGACUGCUGAUGGUCUUUCUGACGUUCAAUUAUCACUGUACAUUCUGUUUGAAAUCUCCUUUAUGAUUUCAGUAUCUGAGCAAGAUUAAAAUCCAACAGAUUGAAAGGGACCGGGGGGAUUGGGAUGGGCUGAGUGCAGAAAGCAGACGUGAAAAAGAGUCCAGUCUGCUUGUACUUGGGCAGCUGGCCAGGUUCCACAACAUCAUGUCAAAUGAGACCAUUGGGACCUUGGCCUUCCUUACAUCAGGUAAACGAGCAAAGUCUUGUGAUGUACCAAGAAAAACGCCGUCACAGCUAGCUGUAACACUGUGGUAAAAUCUUAAUUUAAGCAACAUAUCGUGUGAACUAACAAUUAAAGUGUAUCUGCUAUUUACAGAUGUCUGGUUGACCACAUCCCUUUCAGUUAGGGAAUAUAUUCUGCUAGCAUUGCAUAGCUAAUGUUCUGUAUUUACCUUAAAUCUUUAUAAGGUUUUGAAAAUCAAUUUGGGUACGAAUAUUUACAUUCUUCUGAAUCAUAAUUUUCUAGUGAGCUUGGCCUAAUUGUAGCAUUUACAUUGUAAGCACCUCGACAUAGAGUUGAAAACUAACAUUUCUUCAGCAUUUUGACUACCCAUUAGAAGCUGUAAUGACACUGGCAGUUAUAAAGAGUAGUCAUUACAUGAUUUGUCUAAAUCCAAAAAGUCAUGAACAGGUUAAAAGGAUAAUAAAGGCAAAAAAGGUGUUUUUCAUAGUCUCCUUCCUUCAGGCAACAUCAGUGCUUUGAGUAUUCCUAUCACUCAAAGAGCUCACAUUAGUAAUAAGUCAUUUGUGGUUACUUCUUACCCAACAGAUAUACGUUCACUGUUUGUCCAUCCAUUCCUGGCUGAACGCAUCAUCUCCAUGCUCAAUUACUUCCUGCAGCAUCUGGUAGGGCCUAAGAUGGGAGCCUUGAAAGUAAAAGAUUUCAGCGAGUUCGACUUCAAACCUCAGCAACUGGUGUCAGAUAUUUGCACCAUCUACCUGAACCUGGGGUAAAUGAGAAAAAUUAAGAGAGAUCUAAAUGAACAAUGUAUUAGAGCAUAUUGUAUGCAGGUUAGGUGUUCAGUUUACAAGUGACACCAGAGGUAUGAGGAAUAAUGUGGUGUGCAGACGUGUACUUUUUUGUUUUACAUUCCUAGGGAUGGGGAGAAUUUCUCUGCCUCGGUACCCAAGGAUGGACGUUCAUACUCGCCCAUGCUCUUCGCUCAGACUGUUCGGGUUUUGAAGAAGAUUAAUAAACCAGGGAAUAUGAUUGUGGCAUUCACUAAUCUGGCUGAGAAAAUCAAGGUGAGACACUACUACGACAUGUUAUGAUGCUUGUGUCGAGACCACUAGCCUGUAGGGACUUUUCUAGAAAUAGUUUGCCUGUCUUAAUGCUGUACACUUCAGCUCUCAUGAGACACACAAACACCAAAGUAUUUUUUUGGUUUGAGUGCGUGGCUAAUCAUGGCUUGGCUUUAUUACUGAAUAUUUUUCCCAUAAUUCCAUGGGCACACAGCACAUCAUAAUGGUUCAGCCGAGAUAACUAGGUUUAUAUUUUCCUUCACUGCUCACCAGUUUAAAUAUACUGAAAAGCAUCAGUUCCCAUUUAAGGGGUGGAUAUUUCCUGUACAUUAUCAGUAAUUAUUUUUGUCUUCUUUCAGUCCUUAGCUGACCAGCAGCAGCGAGAUGAGGAGACGUAUGCUGAUGCACCUGAUGAAUUCCUAGACCCGAUUAUGAGUACCGUUAUGUCAGAUCCAGUAAUUCUACCCUCCUCACGUGUCACAGUGGACAGAUCAACUAUUGCACGGCACCUACUCAGGUAAUCCAGAAAAAUAAAAAAUCAUUACCUUAUGUACUUAUUCUAACACGUUAUUGAGUGAUUUGCUAAACAAGGGACUACUUUAAUUGGAAAGUACAUUCUUCGAAUAUAAUCAGGCCAAUUAUAUGCUGGGGAUGAAUGCUUGUGUACUUUUGGUAGAGAAUGUCGCAGUUUAAGAACAGUCAAUAAGUAUUUUCUAUGUGCUUCACACUCAAAGGUUCCGUUCUGUGAGCUUGCAUGGGUUACCACGUCAUUGCUGAGCUAUUUUUUGCUCUCAGAUGUUUACACUUCACAGGAACAGCACUUACAUUCAACUGGGGAAGCUUACGCAAGUAAGAAAUUUGAUAAACAGACUUAUUGGAAAUGCAGAUCAUAUGGUGAUGGUAAGACAGUGAGCUCUGCAGCACAGGCCCACAAGUGUUUCUUGUUGCUUUGUUAGGUGGUGUGUGUUGCUUGGUGGUAUGGACAAGGAAUGGAGCUUGUUUGAAAUCUUAGUUCUCUGUUAACUGAGGAAAGAGGAAAGUUAUAAUGAAAAUGAGAAAAAGAAAACUAAGCUUUGCUACCUCUUCUUUGUAUUAGAGAUUAGCCACAGAUUAUCCCAUGUGCCCAUCUGUAAAGCAAAUUAUCUGAUAUUAAUCUGCCUAUUUUGUGUCUAACAGGGUUAAUGAGCGAUACAUGUUGAUAUGCAAAAGAUCUCUGAGCUUAAGGUCUGCGUCCCCAGGGAACCCCUAAGAAUAUGUAAAGUCAAAAACAAACAAGAACACUAAAAAUAGGCAAAACCACAAUAGUUAGCCUUCCAGUUAGUCUCAGACACAUUUCCCUGCACAGACUGAAAUUAGAUCAUUUGAAACUUUUGCAAGCUUUUUUUUUAAUUUCCCAGUGAAAAAAGUGUUUUCAUUUAUUUAUCUACUGAAUAGUAAAAUACUUUCCCCCUCUAAUUUGUGGAAAGGAGACUUCUUUUAAAGAUGACCUAGAGAAACAUAAUGCAUCAGAGCUAACAUUCAAGUAUCAUAGUUAAGGGUCUAAAUACUUAUGUCAAUGUCAUAUUUCAGUUUUGUUUUUAUUUUUAAUAAAUUUGUCUGUUAUUGGAUAUUGAGUGUAGAUUGAUGUGAAAAGAAAAAAUAAUUUAAACAAUUGUAACACAAGGCUGUAACAAAAAAAAUCAUGGGGUCUGAAAGCACUGUAUAUUGUACAUUGUAUUUUACCCACCGAAAUAGGUGUUCCUGGAAGCUACAUAUUUUCACUAUAUGCAGUCAUGUUUUUUUGUGUUUUUUUGUUAAUUAUUAUCUUUAAUUUCAUAUUUGUUCUUCCAUCAGCGACCAGAGUGAUCCUUUCAACCGCAGUCCUCUUACCAUGGAUCAGAUCAAACCAAACCUUGAAUUAAAGGAGAAGAUCCUACAGUGGCUGUCUGAGCGCAAGAAACAAACAGAGACUGUGGAACAUGAAUCCUUGUAGUAUUGAUUAUAGACUAGAUACAGACUUGCUUUUUCUACAUGCCGAACUCUUCAGCACCCAUCACAUGCAAGUCACUUCUUUGCCCUUCAGGAUUUUGAUAAGAAAGGAAUUAAUCCAUGCAAGUGCCGUGAAGAAUGGUUAAAAUUGUAGAACAAUAGGUACAGAAAAUUAAGGCGAACCAUGUUAAAGAAGAAAUUGAAAAUCCUUUGCCGCAUAACUUGUUUUAAAAUCUUUUCCUUAACCUCUUUGAUGCCACAUGAAUGUGACGUCAAACUGGGUUGAUCUGACUUGCUAGCGAUUUGGGAUUGGUUCAUUAAAAUGGAUAAUACCUCCCAGAUUUUCACUUGUAUCUAAGUAAGAACACAGUGUUGUUUCUAAAUUGGAGUAAGCUGCUCCAGGUUAUUUUGUUGUUAACGUGGAUACAUUAUACCUAAAUAUUUACAGCCAAUUGCAAAGCUGAAGCUGAGCCUUAGAAUUAUAUAAAUAUAUAUAUAUAUAUAUACAUAGAGAGAGAGAGAGAGAGAGAGAAAUCUGAGAACGUAAAAAUAGGAACACAGAACCCUUCUCCAAGAUGCUACCUUUCCUCUGUGGAUUGUGGCUGUAAAACUGUGAUUUUAAUAGAACCCAAAAGAUAAAUACAAAUACCUAGGCUUCCAGUGAUUUGAAAGUCGUAUCACUAUUGCCAGCUAAAAUAUAGCUACAGCGAUACUUUGCAUCAUUGUGCAGUAUUGCAUGUUCAAUUAUUUCUCUAUAUUGUGCCUAAUUACAGAGCUUUGUGUUUCUUGUAUUGAUUUGUAGAUAAUUAACAUUUCAUUACCCAUGUGUUACAGUGCUUUCAUCACAUAGUGCUGUAUAUUCAUCGUAUCUAUGUGUAGAUACAGAAUCAUCAUAGAAUAGAUGGAUGUCGAACAGUUUCCAGUUAUGGUGCCAUGAAUAAUGCAGGACAUAAAAGGUUAACUAUUCUAAGUUCAUAUACAGGGAUGGCUUCAGAUAAGAAAUAUUUGAUUUCCCUUGUAAAUUGGAAUCAAUCCUUUUGUGAUAAAAGGAUUCAUACAUGUUCAUCUCAACAGAAUCUAAUUUGAACAAGAAACUGUAGAACUGCUGUCUAUGAGGAAGGGUAUUUACUUGAUAUUCUAUUCAAAGAACAUGCUGCCUGGACUGCUCCCUGCACUUUAUUCACUCAAGUUGGCUAAGGAGAGUAAAUCUGAGAACGUUAAAGGAUAUGCCCAGUCUGGCUUGCAAAGACCAUCUGUGUUUUCCCUAAUAGUAAUUACAAAGAUAAUAUCUGUAAAAUUAUGCGGGAUAGGUUUUAUAUGACACUUUUUGUUGGAUAAACCCAGUAUCUUGGUUGUAUGUCCACUAAUGGGGAAAUACAGUACAUAUAAAGUUGUUAUGGUGACUCUUCAGCAACUGUACUUCUCUGAGCCUGAGAAUAUUAAAAAAGAAAAAACUCACUAUGAAUACUUUUUAAAUAGCUGCAUGUAAACUACUGAAACUUGUAAGUGAUUAACCCUUG